AUGAAGUAUUGCAAAAAGACCUCCCCCCUCGCGGCCAACCCCUCCGGGUACAACAACCCAAUUUGGAAAAGACACAUGCGCGCGAGACAUCAGACGAUCCCUCAUAUUAGGUGGGUGGUGGGCAAAGGAGAAAUCUACUUUUGGGAUGACAUUUGGGUGGGCAACUCUGCCCUAAGGACCCUAAGUUUGGAUGAUAGGGGCGCCCACACUUCCUUGGUCGAGGAUUUUCUCAUGGAGGGGGCUUGGAAUGAAGCUAAGCUCCAACAACUCCACGACCAGGUAGGACUCCCACAGCAGGUAAUAUCUCAGAUCCUUGAUACUCCGGUCAUUGCAGGGGAGCCGGAUACUCCGAGGUGGGCCCUUUCUAGACUCGGUGAAUUUUUGUUAGCAACAACAUGGGACACCAUUCGUACACAUGGACCGAGGAUACAGGGGCUCGAGGACAUCUGGAGGGCCGGCCUAACCAACUCAAUUGCAAUCUUUAACUGGCGCCUUUUGUCGAAUCGUAUUCCGGUCGAUACCAAGCUCCAAUGGAGGAUGAUUGAUUUGGCCUCAAAAUGUCAAUGCUGCCCUAGGGACCCGAACAUCGAAUCCCUUCAGCACCUCUUCAUCCAAGGCCGGGGAGCAACAAGCCUGUGGCGAGAGUUCAACGGGUGGUUCGAGGGAUCGGCACCUCCCCUUCGGAUAAACGACACAAUACCGGAUAGACUAGAGGUCUGGUCGCAACGGUUGCAACAAGAAGAUAGAAAACACCUCUGCCGAGUCAUGCCGUACCUCAUUUUGUGGUUCAUUUGGACGGAGCGAAAUAGAAGCCGGCAUGAGCAUGUCCAAUUCAAACCGUACAACGUGGUGUGGAAAGUCCAAAUGCACAUCCACAACAACAUAGCCAAUGGGACCAUUAAGUUGAAGCAUUGGAAAGGGGUGCGUUUGGGAAUGAGUAUACCGAGACUGCCCGCAUCAAGGGGGCUGAGACUCCUAGUGAUGCCGGUUAAGUGGCACCCCCCCAAGAGGCCGUGGGUUAAAGUCAACACGGAUGGGGUACACGGAAGCAUUGGAUAA